AUGGCGACUAUUGAGAAUCUGAGAUCUGUUCCGGCAUCGGAAGACACCGAGUUUGGGUUUAAACGGCCGGAGAUGUACAGCACAGACAUCGCGAACUCCAUUACUUCGUACGGUCGCCAUCUUUUCGUUCUUUACAAAACUCCUGAAGCUUGGCUUUCUCAUGUCGAAGAAGAAGGUUUACCUCAGCGUUUCGCUACGUUGCUCAAGGAUCGCAAAUCUGACCUCCUUGUUCAGACGAAGCUGAAUGUAUGCGAAGGUGGUGGAUCUGAUGGAGAUGUGUUGAUUUUUCCUGAUAUGGUCAGAUACAAGGGGAUUUUGGAUACGGAAGUGGAUGGUUUCUUUGAAGAUGUGCUUGUGAAUGGGAAGCCAUGGAAAUCUGAGAGACAGGAAAAGUUAUCUGGGACAUUUGUGUUCGUUUGUACUCAUGCUAGUCGAGACAAGAGAUGUGGUGUUUGUGGACCAGUUAUCUUAGAGAGGUUCAAGCAGGAGAUUGGUUCUCGUGGACUUUCAAACCAAAUCUCUCUUAGGAGAUGUUCUCACGUUGGACAGCAUAAGUAUGCUGGUAAUAUUAUCAUCUUCAGUCCUGAUUCAGCUGGAAAGAUUUCUGGGAAUUGGUAUGGCUAUGUAACUCCUGAGGAUGUACCUGAAUUGCUUGACCAGCAUAUUGCAAAAGGAGAAAUCAUACAAAGGAUUUGGAGGGGGCAAAUGGGUCUACCAGAAGGUGUAGCUGAGAAAGAGCAUGAACAGAAAGUGAUACCAAACGGUAACCGCGUAGUAGAGGAAGAGAGCAAGGGAUUCACAGGAGGAUGUUGUCAAGGAUCAAACGGCGUUUCAUGUUGCCAAGACGAGAAACCAGAGCCAAUCAAGAAAGAAGGAAAAAACUGUAAGAGCAAGUUGACCAAAUGGUUUCAGCCUUUGGACAAAGAAGAAGUGUACAUCGGAGCAGCCGUGGUUGGAGCCGUUGCAACUAUAGCCAUGGCAUACACCAUUUUCAAGAAGUCAGGAUAA